CACGGUGCUCCGACCGCUCCCCCCGCGACUGGGUGCCCAGGCAGCAGCGAGGGAAGCUUGCCUGCCUCUCGCGGCAAACCCCCGCCGGUGCCCGGGCUGGCUCCGCUCCGCACGGUGCUGACAGCAGCCCAGCGCUCAGCCUUACACCGGGAGCCCGCUGACGCCGGGGGAGCGGCUGUGCUGCAGGGGGAGCUCCGCGCCCGUCCGUCCGCAUCUGGCCGUGCCUGUGUCCAAGGGCGCUGAGCGGGUCGGGCCGGUGUCGGGGAGGCCAUGGGCAGCCGCCUGCGGCCCGCCGUGCUCUGCGGAGCCGCUGUGGCCCUGACGGGCGGCGCGGCCGUGGCGGCCUGGGCCUGGGCCCGCCUGCGCAGCCGAGCCGCUCCGCUCGCCGCCCGCGCUGCCGCCGCCUGCGCUACCGCCGCCGAGCAGGGAAAAGGACACAGGAAACAGAUCCUGGUGCUGGGCCUGGAUGGGGCCGGGAAGACCAGCGUGCUCCACUCCCUGGCAACCAACCAGGUGAAGCGCAGCAUGGCUCCCACCCAGGGCUUCAAUGCCAUCUGCAUCAACACCGAAGAGUCCCAGAUGGAGUUCCUGGAGAUCGGGGGCAGUGAAUCUCUGCGUUCCUACUGGAAGAUGUACCUGUCCAAAGUGCUGUUGCUCAUCUAUGUCGUGGACUCGGCUGAUCAUGCCCGACUGCCUAUGGCAAAACAGCUGCUUCAUCAACUGAUCCAGAACAACUCCACCCUGCCUCUGGUGGUUCUGGCCAACAAGCAGGACCUUGAAGGUGCAUAUUGCAUCACUGAUAUCCACGAAGCUCUGGCACUCUCUGAUAUUGGGGACAAGAGGAAGAUGUUCUUGAUUGGUACCCAUGUGGCAGAAGAUGGCUCCGAGAUCUCCUCCAGCAUGAAGGAUGCCAAGGAGCUGAUAGCACAGCUGGUUCUGGAAACACAGUGACAGCUCUCUUCCUACAAUGUGGUAUUUGCAGCUGAAGGAGAUGAGGUGUUAGGGUAUGGUCAGUUUGCCAGGUGGCAGCUGAAAUGUACAGGUAUCUUUUCCUUGUGGGUGUGAAAUUCCCCCUGAAAACGCUGUUUAGUUGGUAAGAAAAUUUACAGUGGUUUGAAAAUACAUUUGAAAAGUAGUUUAUUUUUUAGUUUAUUUGUAGGGGAAAAUUAGACAGUGGCGUUAAGGGAAUAUAGAGCUUAGGUGGUCUGAGAUGGCUUCUUGCCAGCAACAAUCAAUCUUGGACUUUAGUGUAUGCAGUGAAAAUAACCUGGCUUGAUGUCUCAGGUUUACAUGGAAACAUGUUUACUUCCCAGGUUUUGGAGAACCUUGUUAACAGUGUUACUCUGUUAAAAAUGAGACCUCACUUCCCCAGUGUCAGAAACCUGAAGUGCUGUGACUUGCAUUUUUCUCAGGAACAUUUCUAUUGUUGCUGUAUUGGAUCCAGCUUCUAAGACAGUGGCAAAUUAGUAAUCUCUGGAAGUUGGGUUGUUUACUUCUUCUUUAGUGGGUAAGAGUAAGAAAAUGGAGGCAGUAAGACAUUAAGUGUUUCUUUGCCUACAGGGCAAAAGCAGAACAGUGUAAUUUAAAGCAGUGACUGAAAGCAUUCAAGUUAAAUUGGCACCAGAGGUGGGAGACUUCCACCAGGCUGGGAGGCUAUUAAAGUUUAGUCCAAUUUGACCUCGAGAAAGCACUUUACAUGUGAAAAGCCUGGGUUUUUUUGGAAGUGAUUUCUGCUGGGGCUGGAGGUAAGGAAGAUGAGUGUCUGACGAAUGCCACCCUCUUAAUUAACCUCUCCGAGUGUGAUCCAGGAGCUGUUCUGUAAAGGGCCUGUUUUCCAACCGCAUUUUUUCUACGAGGGUUUUACAGUUUUGUCCUUUGGAACAGAUGCAUAAAGCAGACAGUUU